AUGGCUGCUCAAGCUCCCGUUGAGGAGCUCAAGAAGCUCAACGUGGAUGCCCCAUCCGAUCAGAAGAACGGCACAGAAGGAACUACAACUGAAGAUGCAGGAGCAGAGAACUCAGACGACGACUUCGAUGCAGACGGACCUGUAGCCGAAACCAGUGCAGCCACUGGAGGCGCCGUGAAGAAAAAGAAGAAUAGAAAGAAGAAGUCCAAGUCCAAGAAGAAGAAGGCGCAAACCGACCCACCGUCAAUCUUGAUGUCCCAACUAUUCCCAAACAACACCUACCCCAAGGGCGAGGAAGUCGAAUACAAUGACAACCUGAAUCGGACAACCAACGAAGAGAAACGCUACCUGGAUAACAUGAAUGCCGACUUUCUUUCCGACUACCGCCAAGCAGCAGAGACACAUCGUCAAGUACGCCAGUGGGCGCAGAAGAAUAUCAAACCAGGCCAAACACUUACCGAAAUCGCGAACGGUAUCGAAGACAGUGUCCGUCGACUUGUGGGCCACGAUGGCCUAACGGAAGGUGAUGCGAUAGUCGCGGGUAUGGGCUUUCCGACAGGAUUGAAUCUUGACGACGUUGCGGCUCACUACAGUCCUAAUAAGGGGUGUAAGAAGGUCCUUCAGCAGAACAAUGUUAUGAAGGUUGAUAUUGGCGUUCAUGUGAAUGGAAAAAUUGUCGAUAGUGCAUUUACCAUGUCAUUUGAUCCGAUGUACGACAAUUUGCUUGCGGCCGUGAAAGACGCAACGAAUACCGGUAUCCGUGAAGCAGGAAUCGAUGUCCGCCUCGGCGAGAUCGGAGGCUUAAUCCAGGAGACUAUGGAGAGCUACGAAUGCGAGAUCAACGGGACGACUUAUCCCAUUAAGUCGAUUCGGAAUCUUACCGGUCAUAAUAUUCUGCCAUACAGCAUUCAUGGCGGAAAGAGUGUUCCAUCUGUGAAGUCAAAUGAUACGACUAAGAUGGAAGAAGGUGAUGUUUUUGCUAUCGAGACCUUUGGCAGUACGGGUAAUGGUCGCUGUGUGGAAGAUGGGGAGGUCUCGCAUUACGCUCUGAAUAGUAAUGCACCUAAGGUGGACCUGCGCCUCACAUCGGCUAAGUCACUGUUGAAUACUAUAAAAAAGAACUUUGGUACUCUUCCUUGGUGUCGGCGAUAUUUGGACCGGAUCGGCCAGGAUAAGUAUCUACUGGGGUUGAACAAUCUUGUUAACAACGACAUUGUGAAAGAUUACCCUCCUCUAGUAGACAAGAAGGGAUCAUACACGGCCCAAUUUGAGCAUACUAUCUUGCUCAGGCCGGAUAUGAAGGAAGUCAUUAGCCGUGGGGAUGAUUAUUAA